AUGGCGGCGGACGGACCUAAGUUCACGGUUCGGCCGCUGUCGAAACAGCCUAGAAACGAUCAGAAGGACUCCUUCCGUGUCUCUCUGUCUCCUUCUUCCCUGCUCCUUGUGAAAGCUAGACCGGGCGAUCUGUGUCGACUGGAAUCGGCAGAAGGCCCCCAAGGGACGGCCAUCGCGUGGGCUUCUGCUGAGAGAAUUCCAGAUACUGUUGUUCAGACAUCGAAAGCUGUUCAGGAUCUCUAUGGCCUUAAGCUGGGAGAGAAGAUAUCGAUUUAUCGAGAGCAUGAACCUUUGGACGAAAUAUCAGCUGUAUCCAUUGGACAGGCCUUGCGACGUCAGCCCCUUCCUUCCUCACUUGUCGUGUCGCCCACAGGAUUGGGUGGCCUUGGCCAGCAAGUAAUGCAGAUUAAUGAGAGGCUACGUGACUUUACAUUCCAGGAGCAUAACGUGGCUAUGCCUUCAUUUUAUCGGAAUAGUGGCGGGAUUUUAAUCUACGGCCCAAAAGGAACAGGGAAGAGCACACUCUUGUCCAAACUCGGUGCUGCAGGGUGGAAGAAAGUGCUCACCGUCAACAGCUCUGUACUGAACAGAAACCGAGGCGAUGGGGAGGUGCUGUUGCGCAAGAUCUUCACCGAAGCUCUUCAGUCUCAGCCAUGCCUUAUUGCCAUAGACCAAUUGGAUUACCUCGCUCCCAAAAAUCGACCUAAUGAUUCAUCUAUAUGUUCAGCACUCUGUGAAGCCCUGGAUAGUCUACAGGAUGCAAAAGUUCUCGUGGCCGCAUGCACAAGGCACCCGAACGAUGUUGACGACAACCUUAGAACACCCCAUCGGUUUGGCGUCGAGAUCGAGUUACCCGUUCCGACUGCUAAGGGGCGAGAAGAGAUUCUGUUAUCCAUCCGAGGAACGUCCAAUGUGCCAAAUGACCAUCAAUUGGCAAAAUUGGCGGAACGGACUCACGGAUACGUCGGUGCCGACCUGUUUUCGUUAUUGCAGCUUUCGUGUAGAAAAGCACAGACUAGGCAAAUAUUGCAAUUGGAACAGGGCAAGUCGUGUUCAAGUGAGCAACAUAUUUCGGGACUGGCAACACCUUCGGAGAGCGGAGCUCCCGAUGAGAAUUUCCUUCAAAUCGAUGAUACGGAUAUAUCACUCGCGCUUCAAGAAACUCGCCCGACGGCGAUGAGAGAGGUUUUCCUGGAGACGCCCAAAGUGAAAUGGAGCGAUAUUGGUGGACUACAUGAAAUAAAAGAGCGUCUUCGGAAGGCGGUGGAGAGACCACUCAAAUUUCCUGACCGAAUGAAGCGACUGAACAUAAGCGGCAAGAAGGGUAUUUUGCUAUACGGUCCUCCUGGUUGUUCUAAAACACUGAUGGUCAAAGCACUGGCGACUGAAGCCGGGUUGAACUUUCUGGCAGUCAAAGGGGCUGAGAUCUUGAGUAUGUAUGUCGGGGAGUCGGAACGGGCACUCCGUGAGAUAUUUCGAAAAGCACGAUCGGCCAGUCCGAGCAUUAUAUUUUUUGACGAAAUUGAUGCGAUUGCUUCGCGACGAGGCAGUAGUGCAGUUCAGGGGGGCGGCGGUGGUAUUAAUGUACUAACGACUUUGCUCAAUGAAAUGGACGGGAUUGAAGAGCUGAAAAACGUGCUUGUUGUGGCGGCAACGAACAAGCCGGAGGUUCUCGACCCUGCUCUUAUGCGCCCUGGGAGACUGGAUAAUAUUCUGUAUAUUGGGCCCCCAGACGUGCAGGCGCGGAAGGAGAUUUUAAACAUCUGGAUUAGUAAAUCGGAAGUGGAUGACGACGUCGAUAUUGACAUGUUAGCCGAGGUGACUGAAGGGUACUCUGGAGCGGAGAUGGUUAAUAUCUGUGAAACUGCAGCCGACAGUGCCCUAGACGAGGAGGAAGAGACUGGCCGGCAGCAAAGAAUAGGAUGGAGACACUUUGAAUCUGCAUUGGACCAGGUGCCCAGGCAGAUAUCAUCGGCGGUGAUUCAGGGUUAUGAGAGAUGGAGAGACGACAUGAAAUGA